AUGUUCAAUCCUGUUCGAUUGGCUCGCAGGAUCACGUCGACAAAAUAUACUUCUUGCACAGCGGCAUGUGCAAGAUCCUCACAACGCCCGGAAGCCUUCUCGCACAUGAAGCCUGCAGCCGACCAGGAGGAGUCGAAAACAAAGAUUGACGGUGGUACAACUUCCGCAAAGUCUGGCGCGGCCUUCCUGGGCUUUGCCUACGAUCUGCUUCGGGUAGAGCCCCGCGACAGAGAUGUCGAGCCCCAGCAAGCCGUCCCUCCACAGCCAUCGCAGCCUCAACAAGCCACCCCUUCAGAGCUACCGCAGCCUCAACAGGCUACCGCUCCAGAACCAUCGCAGCCCCGACAAGCUACUCCUCUAGAACUAUCGCAGCUCCAACAAGCCGCUCCUCCAGAGCCAUUAUUGUCCUUCGACCUCCCGCCUUUGCCUGAACUCCCUGACAAACCAAAGUAUCCGUGCCCGUACCUGACCGACGCGGAGAUCACAACCUACUUGGUGCCCCUCUACAAGCGAGGAUGGACCGUACAGAGUUCCAACAAAGCCGCUCGGCAAGGCCACCCCAGCGUUGCCCCAGCGCUUGUCAAGCGGUUUCUCUUUCUCAAACAACGCGGCUACGCCAAUUUGCAGUUCACGGAGGACAUCGAGCGGUUUCAGAAGGACGAGGACCAUCAUUGUUCCGUAUUCAGACGCGGCAUGGCGCUCGUCCUGCGCACGCACACGCACACGGCGCGGCCCCUCCCCCUCGUAGGUGUGCCGCACCCGCUAAAGGUCCGCCCAGGUAUCACCCUGCGCGAUGUGCGCCUCGCCAUCCUAGUCGAACGUGCGUUCGAAGUGCACCUCGUGCGUGGCACGGGCGAUCCCCGCACGAUGCGGGCUGACACCCGACCGGCGAUGUGCCCGCUUACGAUGCAAGACAUGGAGGAGCGCCGCCUGCCUUACGAUGCCAUCCGGCAUCGGCAGGGAUGCCCCGUGUGCGGGUCGAAGAAGCAUCUCAAGGGCGAGUGCCCACUGCAGUACGAGGUGAAGCCCCGACGCUUGUGCGUCCGUUGUGGCGAAAUGCACUGGGACUUCCAGUGUCCGCAAGAAAAGAAGGAGCUGGAGAGUGACGCGGGUCCGAGUUCAGCUAUUUAGCACCUUCCCAGGAUAUGACAAUUUCGAUCUAUCUACUACAUUCAUAUCUCGAUGUUCAGAUCGGUCUGGGUACACGGAAGCUAAGGCUCAAUCACAGAGCAGCAGCAUAAUAUAAAUAGCAUCUCUCACGAAA